AUGUCAUUCCGAGGAGCUCCCCGCGGUCGCGGCACAGGCUCAAACUCAUUCGGUGGUGGUAGAGGUGGCGGCAGUUUUGGAGGUCGAGGAGGUCGAGGCGGAUUUUCCAGUGGACCUCCAGAUGCAGUUCUUGAGAUGGGAAGCUUCAUGCACGCCUGCGAGGGAGAGAUUGUGUGCGAAUCCAUAAAUACCAAGAUUCCAUACUUCAAUGCGCCCAUAUACCUUCAAAACAAAACGAGUAUAGGAAAGGUCGACGAGGCAAGUUCCAACCCAAGAUUUCUUCAGUGCGCUUUGACACGGCAAGAGGCUCUACUGGGGAGAACAUUCGUCGCCAUUAUUCUUGGCCCCAUCAAUAACGUCUACUUCACGAUCAAGUGCAGUGAGGGAAUCCAGGCUGCUUCAUUCAAAUCCGGAGACAAAUUCUACAUUGGUGGUGACAAGCUUCUCCCCCUGGAGAAGUUUCUCCCCAAGCCCAAACCGCCCCCAGGAGCAGCGAAGCCUAAGCGAGCCGGAGGCGCCCGGGGAGGUAGAGGCGGACCCAUGCGAGGUGGACGUGGCGGUGCGAGAGGUGCACCUCGAGGCAGAGGUGGAUUCAGUGCUGGCGGACGUGGUGGCCGUGGAGGAAGCGGUGGAUUCUCGAGGGGAGGCGGUGGCGGCUUCACUCCAAGAGGGCGAGGUGGUGCCAGCCGUGGAUUCUCGAGAGGUCGUGGUUAG